AUGGCUGAACCACCGGUUGCUAAACCUCUUUGGGAGUAUGGUGUACCGGAUGCAACUACCGGGGGAGUCAAUGAUUGUCCUGUCAAUCAUAUUGAUAGUUUUUUGGAGAAGUGUGACACUUUUAAGAUUAAUAAUGUCAGUGAUGAUGCAAUUAGACUUCGCCUUUUUCCUUUUUCUCUAAGGGAUAGGGCAAAGGAGUGGCUAAAAGAUGAAGGCAUUAGUACUUUUGAUUCAUGGGACAAGCUAGUAAAGGCAUUUUUGGCCAAGUUCUUAGGUCAAGAGAAAACUGCAAGGCUAAGGACCGAGUUGAGCACUCUUCGUCAACUAGAUGAUGAGUCAUUGUAUUGGAGAAGGAUUUACAUUGACGCUGCGUCGGGUGGUAAUUUUGUUGAAAAGGUCCCUAUUGAGGCUAAGGCAUUUCUUGAGAAGAUGGCUGCUAAUGAUAACUUUCACUCAGGUGGGAGAAAAAGUGCAAAGAAAGGAGGUAAACAUGAAGUUGAUGCAAUGACUCUCUUGACUAGUACUGUACAGGCUUUGUCACUUAAGGUUGAUCAACUUCGAGCAGGGCCAUCUGUGGUAGCAUCUUGUGAGACAUGUAGAGUACAGGGACAUAUUACAAGUGAGUUUCAAUAUGCUGAGAUGUUAAUGGAGCAAGCUAACGCUCUCUGUAACAACAACCAGCAAAGGAGACCCUAUAAUCCUUACUCUAGCACUUACAAUGAAGCACCGAGCAACCACAUAAGGGUAGAAGACCUUCCACGGAAAGUAGUUCAAAAGAAAGCAGUUGCAGUAGAGGAAGAAAUGGUUAAAGAUGAGAAAAUGAUAGAAAAGGAGAAAAUUGAAGAGAAGAAGAAGCCCGCUGUCAUUGAACCUUACAAGCCACCUGUACCUUUCCCACAACGAUUGGCACAGGCAAAGCUAGAAAAGAAGUAUGGGAAAUUCCUAGACAUUCUAAAGAAGUUGCAAAUCAACAUCCCAUUCUUAGAUACAAUCUCAGAGAUGCCUUCCUAUGCUAAAUUCCUGAAGGACAUGCUCUCUAAUAAAAGGAAAAUUGAAGAGAAUGCAAUGAACAAGCUUCCAAAGAAGCUAGGAGAUCCAGGGAGCUAUUCCAUUCCAACCAAGCUAGGUGACAUCAAAAUAAAGAAGGCUUUAUAUGAUCUAGGGGCAAGUGUCAGUCUUAUGCCCCUAUCAAUUUGCAAGAAACUUCAGAUGGGUGAAUUAAAACCCACGCGCAUCUCUCUACAAUUGGCAGACAGAUCGGUGAAAUUUCCUUUGGGUAUUCUUGAGGAUGUGCCACUUAGAGCUGGGAAAUUCUUCAUCCUUUGUGAUUUUGUGGUUAUGGAGAUGAAAGAAGAUAAGGGCAUCGAAGUUGAGAGGGCUAAGAUAGAGGUCAUUGAGCAUUUACCACCGCCUAUUCUUCCCGAGGCACCAAUCAUACCUAGUACUUUUGAGGGUGCUAGUUCCUCCUUUACGCCGAUUGAGAGAGCCCUUGUAAAGCUCCAAAAUUCAGUUGAUAAGAUCAAGGAUGAGCUAAAUAAACUCAAGGAAAGUUUGUCAUCCAUGUUUGCAGCUCUGGAGAAUCUAAAUACUUGGAUGAAGUCACAAGGGUUUUUGAACCAUCCUCCUCCUCUUUAG